AUGUAAUGUAACAAACCUUCUUCUUAGCAUCCAAANAUUACAAAAAAACCUCUAAAUCUUGUCUAAUCUAUUUGGUAGGUUGUUACCCAAAGCUUAGAUGACCUUAAAUAAGUAAUAGAAAAGGAAUAAAAUUAAGAAAUUAAAGUCUUAUUGAUAGAGUUCAAAAAUAUUAUUGAUGAACAACUGGAAAAAAUAUUCAAGUAGCAGAAAUUUGAAAAUUUGGAAGAAAGGAAUCAAUUUAUACUAACUAAGUUAAACGAGUUUCUCAGAAGAAUAACAAUAUUAAGUUCUUAAUCUACUUUUAUAAAAUCUGAAUUCAUCAACAUAGUUGAUUAUUGUAGAAGUUUUGAUGUAGAGAAAUUUGAUUUGGAAGCUGAAACUCAAAAGAAUUAGGAAGUAAAUCAAUAUUCUUAUUUGCCAAAAUGCAUUCAACCAAAAAUUUAGAACAAUAAUGUGAGAGCAUCUUAUGUUGCUACUUACGCUUUACUAUUAUUAGGAGGAAAUAAGUCUCCAUGUAAAUUAUUUAUUCUAUGAUUUUAGCUCUGAAUGAUGUUGCUUAUGUUUUGAAAUAAGCUGAUAUUGAACCAAAUCUACCUGAAAUUGAAGCUCUUAUUAAAAAUCUCAAGGGUAAAGAUUUAAAUUAAGUAAUCAAAGAAGGAAAAUUAAAAAUGCCAUAACUAAUGUGUUGA